GUCAUUCACAGACUAAUUCAUGUUUGUCAGAUAACUUCGACAUCGUCUUUACUGUAGACAAUUUAUUAAUAUGGAAAGCAAGCUAUUAAGCGUUAAAAACGGAGAAGAUGGUUCUGAAGAAUCAGAUGAACCAACUUAUGAAUCGAAAGAAAAUAAAAAAGGAUUUAUGGAAGCACUUACGGACCUUUUACAAAAACUAGAUGAAACAGAUAUCAGCAGUUUUUUGAAUUAUUUAGAUUCCCAUUCUACAUCAAGGGUUGAAAAAAUACACUCAUUAUUAGAGCAUAAAGAUGAAGUUGUCAGUCGAAUUGGACCUCAAACUGAAAUAGCUAGAAGAGUACUCCAACAACUUGAGCAGCGGCAUGUUACAGAAUAUAAUAGAUUUCUUCGACAGGUGCAAAAAUGGAAACCAUUACGGCUUAAGCUGCUGACGUCCUUAAGGGAAGCUGCUGAUAUAAUAGACAGAGACUGCAAGUUAACAACAGUAGCUCGCCUUUCAUCAACUACCAUUGAUAUCGUAGGUUCGGUAUUUGGCUUGUUUUUAAAUUCAGAAUCAAAGUGGAAAUCUGAAGUAUUUAAAGCUGCUUCUAUAUCUGGAGCCUUUGGGCUUUUCUUUACGGUGCUAGAAGUACAGCGUACGCAUUCCAAACUGACGGAAAUUUUGAGUUGCAUAGAAGAAGACAAGAUUGCAUUCAAACCAAUUGCUAGUUGGUUGCGCGAUUCUGAAGAAUUAGAUGCUGCUAUCCAAAGCUUAUUUCCAUAUGGCAUCGACAAAAGUUUAGUCAGAGAAAUACAUUAUUCUGCUGCCAAACUUGAUGGAUAUUUGAAGUUUUUUAAAGCCGGUCUUCUUUCCAAUGUUCGUAAGAACAGAAAUCUCAUAAAAGAUGUAGAUUUUCUAAACAGUCUGAAAUUAUUUGCUGAAAGCGAAGUAGCAUCGAUAUGGUGGGAUAGUGUGUUCUUUAGGAAUGAUCCCAUUCAACUGGAUUUUGCAAGAAUGAUCACUCAGUUUGAGUUUGGUCAAGCAAGUGGCAUUAUCAUGCAAAGUAUUCCUGCUUUACCUCUGGAACAACAAAGGCUAGGUUCUUUGCCUGUAAUUGGAAGAAUAGGUCUUAAUCUUUUAACAGUAAUUGAAACAUUUAGAGAUUUGAGGCAGGGAGCAAAGUCUAAAUAUGCAUAUGCAUUGAGAAAGAUAAUGACUGAAAUGCAGAAUGAAUUCGAUAGCAUCACAAACCUAGUGCUACAUUUGAAGCCAAGGAGACAAGAUUAGACUUUUGAGCCCAAAACUAGAAUUUAAUGUAUAAAGAGUUAACUGUUUCAACUUCUUGUGGAAUCGCAUAUAUGUUUUUCGGAUAUAUAUAUUGAAUGAACUGCAAUUAUAUAAAAAAUAAUUUGUGUUACAUUAAUUACAUUUGCCUUAUUCCAGUUUACAUUAUAUUUGUCUUCAACUAUUCUGUCAUAUCUUGUUACUUCACUUGUAUAUUGUGAUGGACUUUUCAAACUUUAAUAAAAUAUUUACAUGGUAAAUGAAAUUGUAAUAAAAUAGUGUGCAUUAAAAUAAAAAGAACUCCAAUGUUAA